GUAGGCUAUCAGCACACAGUAGCCUCAAGAUUCCGAUUUGAUUUUGUUCUUCCCGUGUAUUUGCCCUUGAUCACAUAUAAAGCUGUGAGGUACCCACGACUCUUCACUAUCCCCAAUGGCUCCCAGGACUCAUGAACAAUUCGUCGCAGACCAGACCGGGCCUGUGUCCACCGUCGUGUCUGCCGACUUGAGCGGGAAGACCCUCGUCCUCACCGGUGCCAAUACUGGUCUAGGAUUUGAGGCUGCAAAGCAUUUCGCUAGGAUGAACCCUGCGCGACUGAUAUUGACCACAAGAGAUGAAGCAAAGGGAAAGAAAGCCCUGGCCGAGAUUCAAGCUGACACUGGCUUCUCCAGAGCGGAGUUCUGGAUCCUUGAUCUCGCUAAUUUUGGCAGCGUUGUUGCCUUUGCUGAUAGGGCUGACCGAGAAUUGGAGCGAUUGGAUAUCCUCGUGGAGAAUGCAGGCAUUGCGAUAUGGGACUAUGAACAAGUGGAGGGCUGGGAGAAAACUAUACUCACGAAUAACCUCGGUCCCGGUUUACUUGCUAUCCGUAUGAUCCCCAAGAUGCUCGAGACUUCUCGCAAGCAUUCUGUCAACCCAAGGCUCGUCAUCGUCGCGAGCGACGUGCACUACUGGACGACGAUCGAAAAGGACGUCAUCGCUUCCCCUGGUAUUCUUGCGAAGCUGUCAGAUAAGGAAUAUUGCACAAAAGAAGUAAUGCAACACCGAUAUCUUGAUAGCAAAUUGCUCAAUGUCCUUUUUGCAAGAGCUCUACAACUUCAUCUCCCGUCUUCGCCAGCUAUCACCGUCAACUCUGUGAACCCCGGACUCUGUUACUCAGGUCUCGGAUCUGGUGGCCCUGCAGAGCAGGAGGAACACUUGCGAAAGAGGCGAGAGGAAUUCGCGUUCACUACGGAAGAAGGGAGCCGGCAAUUGGUAUAUGGCGCCGUGGGCUCUCUGGAUGACGAGGAGAAGUUUCGUGGAAAGUAUAUUCGCAUGUCUGAGGUCGUGGAGGAGAGCGACUUUGUGAUCAGCGAGGAUGGGAAGAUCGUCCAAGAUAAAGUUUGGGAAGAGAUGUUGGAGAUGUUGGGUAAAAUUGAUCCCAAGGUUUCGGAGGUGGCCAAUACGUAUCUC